AGAGCCUGUGUCAUCCGCCAUUUUGUGCGAAGCAAGGUGGCCUCCACGUUCCCCAAGCGUCUUCUCCGCUUCUGUCUCGACCGCCCCUUGAUUACAGACAUGUCUCGGGAUCGAUUCCGGAGCCGCGGCGGUGGCGGUUUCCACCGGCGCGGAGGAGGCGGUGGCCGCGGAGGCCUCCACGACUUUCGCUCCCCGCCGCCCGGUAUGGGCCUCAAUCAGAACCGCGGGCCCAUGGGUCCCGGCCCGGGCCAGGGUGGCCCCAAACCCCCGAUCCCGCCACCGCCUCCGCACCAACAACAGCAGCAGCCACCACCGCAGCAGCAGCCUCCACCACAGCAGCCGCCGCCGCCGCUUCAGGCACCGCAUCAGCAGCCGCCACCGCAUCCGCAGCCGCCACCGCAUCAGCAGCCGCCACCGCCACAGGACUCGUCCAAGCCGGUCGUUCCUCAGGGACCCGGCCCGGCUCCUGGAGUAAGCAGCGCUCCGCCGGCCUCCGGCCCGGCUCCUCCCGCCACUCCCCCGACUUCUGGGGCCACCACCGGACCAGGCCCUAUCCCGACCCCGCCGCCCGCAGUCACCACGGCGCCCCCCGGGGCGCCCCCGCCUGCGCCGCCGAGCAGCGGAGUCCCCACCACCCCACCUCAGGCUGGAGGUCCGCCGCCUCCACCCGCCGGGGGCCCGAUCCCGGGGCCCAAGCAAGGCCCAGGACCCGGCGGACCAAAAGGCGGCAAAAUGCCUGGCGGGCCGAAGCCCGGCGGUGGCCCGGGCCUAGGCGCUCCUGGUGGCCAUCCCAAGCCGCCGCACCGAGGAGGCGGGGAGCCUCGCGGAGGCCGGCAGCACCACCCCCCGUACCACCAGCAGCACCACCAGGGGCCCCCGCCCGGUGGGCCCGGCGGCCGCAGCGAGGAAAAGAUCUCAGAUUCGGAGGGGUUUAAAGCCAACUUGUCUCUCUUGAGGAGACCUGGAGAGAAAACUUACACUCAGCGUUGUCGAUUGUUUGUUGGGAAUCUACCUGCUGAUAUUACGGAGGAGGAAUUCAAAAGACUGUUUGCUAAAUAUGGAGAACCAGGAGAAGUUUUUAUCAACAAAGGCAAAGGCUUUGGAUUUAUUAAACUUGAAUCUAGAGCACUGGCUGAAAUUGCCAAAGCUGAACUUGAUGAUACUCCCAUGAGAGGUAGACAGCUUCGGGUUCGCUUUGCCACGCAUGCUGCUGCCCUUUCCGUUCGAAAUCUUUCACCUUAUGUUUCCAAUGAACUAUUGGAAGAAGCCUUUAGCCAGUUUGGUCCUAUUGAAAGGGCUGUGGUAAUUGUGGAUGAUCGUGGGAGAUCUACAGGGAAAGGCAUUGUUGAAUUCGCUUCCAAACCAGCAGCAAGAAAAGCAUUUGAAAGAUGCAGCGAAGGUGUUUUCUUACUGACAACAACUCCUCGUCCAGUCAUUGUGGAACCCCUUGAACAAUUAGAUGAUGAAGAUGGUCUUCCUGAAAAACUUGCACAGAAGAAUCCAAUGUAUCAAAAGGAGAGAGAAACUCCUCCUCGUUUUGCCCAGCAUGGUACAUUUGAGUAUGAAUAUUCUCAGAGAUGGAAGUCCUUGGAUGAAAUGGAAAAACAGCAAAGGGAACAAGUUGAAAAAAAUAUGAAAGAUGCAAAAGACAAAUUGGAAAGUGAAAUGGAAGAUGCCUAUCAUGAACAUCAGGCAAAUCUUCUGCGUCAAGAUCUGAUGCGACGCCAGGAAGAAUUAAGGCGAAUGGAAGAACUUCACAAUCAAGAAAUGCAGAAACGAAAAGAAAUGCAAUUAAGGCAAGAGGAGGAGCGACGUAGAAGGGAAGAAGAGAUGAUGAUUCGUCAGCGUGAGAUGGAGGAACAAAUGAGACGCCAAAGAGAGGAAAGUUACAGCCGAAUGGGCUACAUGGAUCCAAGAGAGAGAGACAUGAGAAUGGGUGGUGGAGGAGCAAUGAACAUGGGAGAUCCCUAUGGUUCUGGAGGCCAGAAAUUUCCACCUUUAGGUGGUGGUGGUGGAAUAGGUUAUGAAGCUAACCCCGGAGUUCCACCAGCAACCAUGAGUGGUUCCAUGAUGGGAAGCGACAUGCGUACUGAGCGCUUUGGGCAGGGAGGUGCGGGACCUGUGGGUGGACAGGGUCCUAGAGGAAUGGGGCCUGGAACUCCAGCAGGAUAUGGUAGAGGGAGAGAAGAGUAUGAAGGCCCAAACAAAAAACCCCGAUUUUAGAUGUGACAUCUAGGCUUUCAUUCCAGUUUGUUUUUGUCUUUUCUUGUUUAGAUACCUAUCUUUUAAAUUCUUGCAUUUUAGUAAGAAAGCUACCUUUUUAUGGAUGUUAGCAGUUUAUUGACCUAAUAUUUGUAAAUGGUCUGUUUGGGCAGGUAAAAUUAUGUAAUGCAGUGUUUUGAACCGGAAUUUUUUUCUUUUUAUUUACUUUUUUAAAAAAAACUGUAUAAUGUCCCUCAAGUUAUGGCAGUGUACCUUGUGCCACUGAAUUUCCAAAGUGUACCCCUUUUUUUUUUACUGUGCUUCAAAUAAAUAGAUAAAAUAGUUAUAAUAUUGAUCUUCAACUUUGCCAUUCAUGCUUUUGUGCACAUUAGGCUAGGUAUUCCACUUUGAAGCAUGAGAAAUCUCUAGACCUUCAAAUGGCAUAUGCCAUUUCUGGGAAAUGUAUCUGUAGGCUAAAUAUUCUUUUCUACAAAUAAGUACCCCCUUGUUUUAAAAAGGAGAAAUGCAUAUUAGAGCAGUUUCAUGAUUUGAUUUGUUUGGCAUUAUAGGAAGCAAGUGGUGCUAAGUACUUUUAACUGGUUAUAUAAGCAAAGCUGAACUGUAAAUCUUCAUUCAGGAAUGUGUAUUAAGAUAAUGGAAUGGGUGUAAGAUUACUGGUAGAGGGAGAAAGUGCGAAUGACUAAAUGGAUCUUUUAUGGCCCUUUGAUCUAUCCUUUCCUUGAAAGUUUCUGAAGAAAAAGUGGAAAGAUAAUUUUAUUGCAUUCUCCAUUCUUGUUUUUAAAAGAAUGAGUCCCAAGCCCUGCAAAUGGCUUGUAUUGAACUUUCACAUUUGAAUUAAAGAUUGUUAAACAUGAAAUCUUUUCAUGUAUUACUUUAAGCAAUAUAUGAAGAUUGGGGUUUAUAGAGUCUGAAAAAUUCAGCCUGAAAGUAAGAACUAUAGUAACCGUAGACCAGGUGUAGUUAUAUAUAUACAUUGGUACUCUGAAACUUACAUCUCAUUAGGCUCCUUUGUUGGGCAAAAUCUGUAGGACUACAAAAAACUACUUGCUCUCUUUUCUAAGAGUUAGUGGUGACUUAACAAACAGGGUUGCAGAUAGCCAUUCUUAAUUGUAAAAUACUUGUUAAUCUGUCUUUCCAUAGUUCCAUUUGAUGUAGCACUAAAUCUGGAGAGGGUUGCUAAUGCUACACAAUAUAAAUAUCCCUCCCACCUUAAAGCUGUGGAGUGUUUCAGUGGUGUUGUCAAUUUAUUGUCAACUUCAUUGAAUCUCAUUUGAGUAUGAUACUUUGACAAAUAUUAGAGUACAUUGUUACUGUUGUCUGAUAGUGCAACAGUGGGGACCUGCUCUCCUAGUGUAUACAUGUUAGCUGAGGGAACAGCUUCCUAAGGUAGGCGAAGUAAUUGAAUGGUUUGGCUUUGUUCUAGAACUCUCACUAUGGAAUGUGUCUUCCUUUUCACCUCAGUUCUUGGUGCUAAUUGGCAAAAGUAAAAUUCUAAAUCAAAUCUUCGUUAAAAUGCUGAAGUUUAGAAUUGUGCCUGCGUACAAAGGGAACUCUAUUGUUGAAACAAUUUGAGCACUUUAUUCUUGGGAAACUGGACAAUAUUAAAAGUAAAACACUAGUGGAGUAUAAAGGCACGUCACCCAAUUCUGUUUGUGUGACUGACAGGUACAUGGUGUGCUAAUUAAGGGAAUUUCAUUAGAAAAUACCGAUUAUUUCUCUUCACCAAGACACCUGGAAAUGGGUAGUAGUUCUCCUAUAAUUACAUCAAUGAGGAAGUUUUGUCCCCAGUUAAGUUAUGAAUUGGUGAUAUGUAUGAGAUUUUUCUGUAUGGAAACAAGGGUCUUGAUUUGAAAGGAGUCCGUUACAAUUUGAUUGAAUCGUGUGGUAGGGACUCCACUAAUGAUAACAUAAGGGGUGUUCAUGGGACACCCAUGGAGGGUGAACUUGUAUGUGUGUGGGUGGGGGCUGGUGGGGAAAUGGGAAAAUCUGCCUAUAAAAUUAAUGUUUCAGUUUAUUUUUCAGAUUACAUGCCUUUCUUUAUAAGGGAUGCUGGCACAGACCCCUAAAAUAAGCUUUUGGUAGUACUGUACCUUUGAAGAGUGGUGAAGGAUGCUAAUGGAUAAUCUUCUGAAAGUUGUGGUUUUGAUGGCCUUACUGUGGGCUGUAGAGUUGCUAAACGUUGUUUAGCAAAUAAUGUGGCUUAGUUUCAACUAAGUUUUUUACUUACAUCACUGAAAUAGCAGUGUACCAAGGGUUGUAAGCUGCUCAAAUAGACUUUCUGUAAGUCUUGCAACGUAUAUGAUAGUUUUUAGCCUAAUGUGAAUUUAAGUAAUCUUAAAAAGUAGUUGCCUAAAAGCUCAUGAAACUUGGGGUGGGAAAGGGAAGGUAGUAGUUUUGAAGUAGUUAGCCAUUUUUCUCACUUAAAGAAAUCACCUGCCCCCAUUUUCCUCUUCUCUACUUUCUCUCAUAAUUUUGUUUUAAGAGGAACACUGGUCAUUUUUAAAUUUACUAUUCCUAAUCUUUAAAAACUGCAUUCUCUAAGAGACCUCAGUGUAUGUAAUAGGUAUCUUAUAAGCCUAACCCAUUGGCUGUCUACUAUUUAGUGAAAUCACAAUCCUCUUUUCUUGGAACACUAAUUGAAUCACCUAAGAAGUACUGUAAACCCCACCACUCUUUACAGAUGUAUUAUACCACUAAUAUAAACAAUAUAAUAUGGGAAAUUGUAAUGUUACGCUUGUGCAAUUUUUAUAAGUGGCAUAUUAUGGCAGAUAAAAAUUUAGACACUUGGCUUUUCUUGGGCAAGCCACUAAGUUUUGGCGGAAUAUUUUGUGGUGUUCUUGGACUGCAAUUAUGCACUAUUAAAGUAGUGGCCUGCUACAUAACUGCAUUUAGCCAGCAUUUCUGCAGUGCGUAACUGUGAGGAACGUAGUACCGCAAAUGGCAAUGGACAUUAGGACCCGGAUGUAGUAUUCCUGCUUGCUCCAAGAUUCUCAUUGCCGACUGCAUACAGGUACGAGUGGUUGAUGUUGGCUGAUACUGGAGUAUUCAUUCACUUGAAGUGGAUAAUUGUUCUCAAGACAUCACCCAGCAUGAGCCAACCAAGAAGGAAAGCCAAAACCUGCUAGACUUUGGAAGUGUUAAGGAUCAGGUGAACUGUGUCCAGGAAACCAGUGAGGAAGAGGGCAAAGAGGAAUGAACAACCUAAUUGUUAAUAAAAGACAUUUUAAAAUCA